AAUUACAGCACUGCUCCAUCUGAUAACACUAACUCUUUGUGGCGCAUGCUGUUAACGGUUACGUCUAACCAACGUUAUUCCUGAGAUUUUACACGUCGUAAAAAAAGACGUUCUUUUCCAGUUGUACAAUACGGACCGUAGUAAAAAUUGCAUCUUCCCUAUGGUUUCCGCGCACAACCAAGCCAAUUAUAUUCCAGAACCACGCUCACACGCUGGCUGGGGUUAUACAAGCUGUGCCCGCCUGUUCCCGUUUGAUUCAUGACCGUUGGUUCGUGUAUUUGUGUUUUUACAUGGGCGUAUGAUCAUCCCGGUUUUAUAUGGUAACCCUGUCAUGUUGGCAUGUCCUUAACGGCAUCCAUAGAAAAACUUAUAUACCUUGUAAAUUGCCAGUUGAAUUGUGACGUUAUGUAUAUGCCCCGCAAUGUAUAUUGCUGUGCUAUGUACAUAUUCGUCGUCGCCUCUUUUUACUUGAAGCACUCUUCAUGACUGUAGCGAGCGUGUGUCUGUGUGUGUUUUUCGUGCGGAGCAGUGUUGCGGGUGUGUGGGAUCCUGAAUGGUAUGUUUAAUUCUUCGACUGUGAACGCCCUUUUCCUGUACUGCCCGAAACAUGCCGACCCUGGCCAACACACUUAAGAAAUUGGAUAGAUGAAAUCAAUUAUUAACAUUUGGCCAAGCGAGUGUCGCCUGUUUUGUGUGUACACACAACUUUGCCCCAAUACACUGAAUGGGAUAUACGUAUUCGGCUUUUUUCUUUUCUUAUUACCCCUGCUCAUUUCAAUUGCAUUAUACAAGUCACGAUAUGUUGCCGACUUUUGCCAGCUCUCGGGUGUAGCAACAAUGCCCGCAUACAUCGCUGCAGCGGCAUAUAACCCGGCUUAAGGAACGCACGGGAGUCGCCAUCAUGCACAUUGGGAAUGUAAUUUGCAACAAAUCGGAUAACACGGGAAUGUUAUAUAUGCAAAUGCACCGCCGCGGUUGGGGCUACUACGACGACAAAAACACGCUCUUGUGUACUGUACCGUAAAACGUCGCCGACAUUUUGGUGUGCCGCCGAGUAUAUAUAUUGCAUACGCAGUGCUGUGUGUGCCGCCGAAAAAUUGGCCCGUUUCGGUAACAUGAUCCAUUCGGAUUCGACGUCAACGGGACAGUUAUGGAAUUAUAGUGUGUUUAAUGUAACGUUUCCGGAUGUAACGGCACAUUAUUUCAAUAGAUCACCAGCCGGAAAUAUUGUGCCCAAUAAUGCCCCAACGGAAGCGAUCUCUUGCCAGCAAAUCCCGGGGGAAAAUAUCCCCUUCCCCUCAUGCUACACUUGGCCGCAGAUUAUCCUUUUUGCCUUUUUUAUGGCCGUGGUUAUGUUUAUCAUUGUCUUCGGCAAUUUGCUUGUGAUAAUAUCGAUUAUGACCAACACGUCUUUGAAAACCGUUCAAAACUACCUUCUGGUCAGCUUGGCCAUAGCUGACUGUAUGGUGGGUGCCAUAAUUAUGCCUUUCUCCCUUGCCAAUGAUCUAAUGGGAUAUUGGGCGUUUGGGGAUAUACUGUGUGAUUUUUGGUUGGCUCUGGAUGUUUUGCUGUGUACUGCCAGUAUUCUGAGUUUGUGCGCCAUUAGCUUAGACCGCUACUGGAGCGUAACACAAGCGGUGACGUACCUCCAACGGCGGACACCCCGACGAGCGGCACUAAUGAUAUUAGCUGUGUGGAUGUUAUCAUUGACAAUUUCCGUGCCACCCAUGUUCGGCUGGAAGAGUCCCCCCAAUAUGACGGAAAUUGUCACAUUUGCCAAUGAGUCAGUCCGCGAAACAGCCUGGGUUAAGAUUUGCUCAAUAGGCGAAGAUACCAGCGAGUAUGCCAUAUUUUCCUCCCUGGGAUCAUUUUGGAUUCCGCUAGCUGUCAUGUCGGUUGUGUAUGUCCGAAUUUACGCUGUAGCGCGAGCCAGAGCUACCGGUCCCGAUAAGAAGAAACCGGAUAUCACCCCUGCCUCGAAGAACACCAAACCGUCGAUAUCAUCAGCUGUACCUAUUCCAGCCAUUAAAGUCGACCCUAAUCCGGCCAAGAGCAGACCGAGCUGCACAGCCGACACGCAUCGGCCUAACAGUACGAUUACGACCUACAGUAAGGAUCAUAACGAGAGGAAGCCCCUUCUGACAAAGCCCAGUCUGCGGCCGGAAGUGUCCGAUCAGCAUUUGCCGCUAACUAACGAUGAGUCUAAUUCGUAUCCCGAGUCACGCUCCCCGUCUUCCGCCGACGAAACACCGUCCAGCAGUUCGGAAAAGCCAGCCACAGCCGGCGGCGCUACCGCAGCGCCGGCGCGUACAGCACGCACCAAAUACCACGGCACGAAACGCGACUACGGAACACAAACGGAAACCAUUAUCCACGAUGAGCAACGCCCCACCUACAUUAACGACGAUGAAUAUGCGGAAACGAGCAGCAUUAUGCUCUUGUCGGAAUUUGAUUUCGAUAAAAGAUGGCGGGAUUUUUUCGAGCGCUACUUUGCACCCUUGGAAGCCGCCGCGGCAGCGCGCGGUGUCAGCCAGCACGCCGUGCCACGCUCCGUGUCGGAGAACAAUAACCUGGCGGCACCCAAUGGGACACUGGUCACGGCGGAUGUGGCGGUCAUUUCCACGGAAUCGGUGCCUUACUGGCACCGUGUACGCCGCUGGAUUACACCGCUGCUGCAGUGGCGCCGUGCUCGCACAACGACCGAUAACCGCGGCUACCGACUGCAGGUCAAUAAAGAUGCACGGAAAAAGAUCUCCCGCAAAAAAGCCAAAAAGCACGUGGGUAGUCGGAAGGCCACUGCCAGUGAUUUUCAGGAUGAAGCCGAUCGGCGUAAGCGGCGCAUACAGAAAGCCAAAGAACGCCGGGCGACACUGGUGGUCACACUGGUGAUUGCCACGUUUGUCGCCUGCUGGAUGCCUUUCUUCAUUGUCUUGCCGCUGAAAGCCAUUUGUGGGGAAGAGCGCUGUCCCAUGGAUGCCAGGUUGUUUGCCGGAUUUUUUUGGCUGGGAUACUUCAACUCGGCGUUGAAUCCGGUUAUUUACACCAUUUUCAACCGGGAUUUCCGAAAAGCUUUCAUGCGGGUGCUGUUUGGUGCCAAUUACAGUAGGAAAAAAGAGAAUCGGCAAAAGGGCAAAACGUAAUUAUCGUUGUUUUUUCUGUUUAGAUAAACCUAUAACAAAGGAACGAUGCAGAGAAAUUUUCUGGCUACAGUUUUAUUGUGUUCUUUGCAAAUAAUUGUUGUCCCAUUUUGCCUGUCGGCAUGGACAAAAUCCGCUCAUGCUUCCAUUUGUGAAAGUUAGGUUUUUUGUUUUUUGUCUAGUUCCGUAGCAGUUUUGUCGUUACGAUGUUCAGUGAUUCUCAGAUUAAUAAUCGAAACGAGUUGGAUGACUUUCAUUGCAGACUACUGGAAUCUCUUUUAUGAUAAUGCUGUUGUGCUCCGUGCAAUACGUCAAAUAGUAAUGCUCAACUGUGUGGAAUAAAAAUAAAAUGCCGGAA